CUGAUUUAGUCACCGUGAGUAUACGAGCCUCUUGUUGUGUACUCACCUCGUUGUCACAGCCAGCGUUCCCGUGGCACCACAGCUAAGUCAAGUCUUGUGUUUUUACCUACAAGUAAUCGGACCUCGUUUUCAUGUUUUUUGGACCUUGCCUGUUGCCCAACAACAGUGGCGAAGAAAAGUGUGUCUUUAAAAUUAAUGCCCAGUCACCUCUGUGGAAUAAGAUUUUAUUGUGUAAAGGAGGAUAUCGUGAUGUAGAGAAUUCUGAUGAUCUCUCCCACUCUGAGCAUCAGCCUGCAUGGCACGAAACUUCAGUCAAGUCAAAUUGGCUUGUCUUCUUCGCUACAACAUACUGUCCCUGGUUUACUUUGUUUACCUUUUGUUGCUGCCGUGGUGUGUGUGUCCUAACAAACACAACAUAAGAGGACAUACAGGACAUUUCAUCAAAGCAAUAUUCUGUACCAGUCUACUUUUUAUUCUUGCUCAUGUCUGCUUCCAGGCAAUUCUAUUCACGUAUGUUCCUUUAAGCAUUGCUCUUUGUGACAACUGUUCACACCUGGAGAUCAUAUCCAGACAUAUUGGACUGUCCAGGCUUCCAUUGGAGGAUUCUUGGAUUUUAUUGCGCCUUCUUUGUCCUGACCUUGUACUCUGUGGGAUUUCCUUGUUAACCAUCAUCCUUUGUAGAAAAAAAACAAGAAAUAUUGAUAUGCCAGAUGAAGCAACAGAUGAUGAGAAUGAAAUCGAGGAAGAAUCAAUUGAAGAUGAAGAAGGACCAUUUCCUGGUGACGCCAGUCACGACUUGUCAACUACAACAUCAGCCAAGCAGCUGAUCGAACAUCUAAAGGCUGUAGUCCAUAAAGUACUGCUGGGCCUUGGGAGAAUCUUUGCCUUGAGCUUACUCGCUUUGGCUGGAAUCACAUUGCCGUCUGCAUUCUCAUGCGUCUACUUCCUCCUCUUCAUUGGUGUUAGCACAUGGUGGGCAUGUCACCUUCCAAUUAGCCAUCUGGGUUUCAAGGCUCUGUAUGUUAUGGUGGGCUUCUUCACUGCUGGCCACCUUGUUUGUCUGUACCUAUACCAGUGUCUCCUGGCUCCUGUUCUCUUCCCACCACACAGUCUGUGGGCAAGGCUCUUCGGUCUGAAGGACAUUAUCAAACCUGGAAACUGCUCUACACCAUUUGACUUCAACUUUAAUGCUGAAUAUGACUGGCCAGUUUAUAUCAACCCAGGAAUACUCUUCCUACUCUACAUUAUCUCAGCAAUGGUUCUGAAGACAGGAUGUCGUGGAACACUUUACCAGAAUGAAGACAAGCAGCAGCAGCUCAAAACUGCAAAUGAGCCUAAGGAUGAGAUGCUGGAAUUGAGUUCCUGGAAUAAAAAAAAUGAGGUCUGUGAAGAUGACACACAACUCAUGCUGCUGUGUGUAGGAACACAGCACAGUCGGGAAGAAAUUGUUGCUGAAGAAGAUCCUUCACAACUCGGAUUUGGUCUUGCAACAGGUGGUCAACUGACUGACAGCCCAUUUUUGAUGCUGGGAAAGAUUAUCAUGCAUCAGAGUUAUGUCUGUGCUCUUAUAGCGAUGAUGGUUUGGAGCAUAACAUACCACAGCUGGCUGACAUUUGUGCUACUGGUUUGGGCUUGUCUCAUCUGGAUUCUGCGCACCAGACGACAUGCAGCCAUGCUGUGUUCUCCGUUUAUCCUGGUCUACAGUCUGGCACUGUGUUGUCUACAGUAUGCAUGGGCCAUGGCUGAACUGCCUACCACUGUGGGAACCAUGAGUCUCAGACAGUUAGGGCUACAUAAAGCCCAGUACCCCUGUCUGAGACUGGGAACAAUGCUCCUCCUCACUUCAACUUUCUGGCUUUUAGUACAUCAAUCAGUAAAGGAAAACUUCCGCAGGAGUAGGAGAAGGGCUACACCACUAGAAGAAGUGACUACAACAGGGCUCAAUUCCACAAAUGAAUCUCUGCUAAAGGUCCUGGGAUGCAUGGUGCUGAAUUUUCAUGCCAAAUAUUGGAUCUAUGUGUGUGGUGGAAUGUUCCUCAUGAUUUCUUUUGUGGGAAAACUUGUUGGAUACAAGAUCAUCUACAUGCUGCUUUUCCUGCUCUGCCUCUCCUUUUAUCAGGUUUGGAUCUUUAUAUGGAGAUGUCUUUUGAAGCUCUUCUGGUGGCUUGUUGUGGCCUACACCAUGCUGGUGCUAUUCUUCUACACAUACCAAUUUGAAGACUUCCCUGGCUAUUGGAGGAAUUUUACUGGACUCACAGAACCACAGCUUGCAGCCAUCGGUCUGUAGACGUUUGCCCUCUCAGAGCUCUUCACUAAUAUUCUGAUCCCUGGAUUCUUCCUGUUGGCCUGUAUUCUCCAGCUACACUAUUUCCACAAACCCUUCAUGAGAAUCACUGACCCUGAAUGUAUUACACCAAUUAACCGAAAAAGCAGCUGUGACAAGCCAAGUUCAACUAAUGUUGGAAUGGUCUCUGAUUUGGAAGAAGUGUUAAAGAAUGUCAUCAAUAAAUCGAGUAAUAAAGUGGAAUUUAUGGCCAGCAAGUGGGGUCUGGUGAUGGACAGAUUACUGGUUCUGUUCAAAAGGUUCUCAGACAUUAUGAACAAAGGUCAAAUGAUUCUCUGGACUCUUCUGGAGCUUCACAUAAUUAAAAUGGUGGCAUUGUAUGCUGUGUGGGUUGCCCUUGACGAGCCAUCUGUGUUCAACCUGGUUCUGGUGGUACUGUGGUCGUUGGCGAUGCCAUUUAGUCGCUUCAGACCAAUGGCUUCCACACUGUCAACAGUUUGGUUGUGUGUAAUCAUCAUGUGUAAAAUGUUGUACCAGCUUAGUGUUGUGAACCCUACUGUGUACGCCAACAACUGCAGUUCACCACUUUUAAAUGAAACCAACCUUUCACAAAUGGAAAUAAUGAACUCAUCCCUGUAUAAGGCACCCAUGGACCCAGCAAAAUGGUUUGGCGUCAGAAAGGAACCUACUGUACUGGACUAUAACAAGAACCAUUUAUUAGCACUGCUGUUGUUGGUGUUUGAAGCGACAGUGUAUCGUCACCAGGCCCACCGCUAUCGUCAAUUGCAACGAUCUCCCCCAAACAUACCUGCUCUAUUCCCAGAAGUCACUAAGAACACUUUAGACCAAGGCCUCAUACCCUGCUUCAAGUACCUGCUGAACUACACUUUCUACAAGUUUGGAUUAGAGAUAUGCUUCCUGAUGAUUGUGAAUGUGAUUGGCCAACGGAUGAACUUCUUGGCCAUAAUCCAUGGUUGUUGGUUGGUAGCCAUCUUGGUGAGGCGACGUCGCGCAGCUAUUGCAAGGAUAUGGCCAAUAUAUUGUCUCUUUCUGGCCAUCUUCAUGAUCUCUCAAUAUAUACUGUGCGUGGGUAUACCACCUGCUCUGUGUAAAGAUUACCCAUGGCGUUGGAACAGACGACUUUUAAUGAACUCAGCUCUUAUUAAAUGGCUUUAUUUGCCAGACUUCUACACUGUCCCUAACUCCAAAAACCUUAUAGUGGACUUUGUUCUUCUAAUUUGUGCAUCCCAGCAGUGGCAAGUGUUUAAGUAUGAGCAGAUAGAGGAGUGGGUGGUUCUAGCUGGAGACAAUACCGACAACCCUGAUCCGAUGGAAGGGCGACUGUUUAAUCCUGCACCUAACUUUGUCUUUUGCAGGUGUUACCUCGACAUGGCUAAGGUUUUGGUUUUUCGCCACUUAUUCUGGUUUGUACUCUCAGUGGUCUUCCUGGCUGGGGCAACACGGGUCUCUGUGUUUGGACUGGGAUACCUUCUCUCUUGUUUUUUUUUUUUUGCUAAUGGGACCCAACUGUUGGUGAAACCCUCCAGGACCCGCCUUGCCGUGUGGGAUUGCCUCAUCAUCUACAAUGUGGCAGUCAUCAUUUCAAAAAAUAUUCUAUCAAUUCUGGCAUGUGUCUUUAUUUUCGAAAUGCAGAAGGCCUUUUGUUGGAUGAUCCAACUCUUUAGUUUAGUUUGUACAGUCAAAGGAUACUACGAUCCUAAGUAUUAUUCUGGAAAUAUUGAAACGAACCUAAUUAGUGACAAGAACUGUCACCUCCCAAUAGAGGAAGCUGGGAUCAUCUGGGACAGUAUUUGUUUUCUCUUCCUGUUGCUGCAGAGAAGGGUUUUCCUCAGUUUCUAUUUCAUUCAUGUAAUAGCAGAAUUACAGGCAUUUCGUAAACAGGCCUCAAGGGGGUUUGAGUUCUUCAAAGCCACUGUAAUGAAAAACAUGAAAUCACACCAACAGGCUGAGAUAAAAUCCUUAUCCCAGCUCAAGCGACCAAUGCAAAGAAUCCGCUCCAGACAGCAGAGGUUCAGAGAUGGACAUAAAGUUAUUGAAGAAGACCACCAGAGUCAAAGUGCGGAAAUGAGGACCAAGAGGAAAAAGGAACACUUCUCUCAACCAUGGUUGGACCAUGCAACAGUUCUGUAUUCAGGAUGGUACUACCUGUUUGAAUCAGACAGUGAAGGUGAACAUGAACUGUUGUCAGAGGAACAGAAGCCGGAGAAACAGACAGCCUAUCAGGUGGCUUAUCAAACAUGGGUGAACAAUGUGAAAAGAGCUCUGAAAGAAUAUCACAAAAACCGAAGACAACAGAGAAGAUUUGUAAUAGUUGAGAAUGAAAGUUCCACACCACAGACAUCACAAGAGAAGGCGUGUUCAGAGACAGGGUCUAUGUUUUACCACAAUACUAGUCAAAGACCAAAAAGACGAUUUGCUACAGUAGAACUGGAACUGAAGUUGAAAUGGAACAAGGUUGUUCUCGUGUUUGGGAUACACCUGUGGAUGUUCUUUAUCCUACCUGCUGUCACUGAAAGGCGAUUCAAUCAGAACUUUGUUGCCCAGCUGUGGUACUUUUUUAAGUGUAUUUACUUUGCUCUGUCAGCGUACCAGAUCCGUUGUGGGUACCCUACACGUAUUCUUGGCAACUUCCUCACCAAAAAUUACACCCACCUAAACUUGCUUCUCUUCCAAGGUUUUCGUCUAGUUCCUUUCCUUGUCGAGCUGCGAGCAGUAAUGGACUGGGUUUGGACAGAUACCACUCUGUCUCUCUCCAACUGGAUGUGUGUGGAAGACAUUUAUGCAAACAUUUUCAUCAUCAAAUGCAGCCAUGGAACAGAGAAGAGAUAUCCCCAGGUUAAAGCGCAAAAGAAAAAGAAGAUGGUGAAAUAUGGAAUGGGUGGCCUCAUCAUCAUCUUCUUAGUGUGCAUCAUAUGGUUUCCCCUGCUCUUCAUUUCACUGGUCAGAUCUGUCGGUGUUGUUAACCACCCCAUUGAUGUCACUGUUACUGUCAAGCUGGGAGGAUAUUAGCCUAUCUUCACUAUGAGUGUCCAGCAGCAGUCGAUCCAAGCCUUCACAGAGUUGGAAUUUGAAAAACUCACCAAAAAGUUUGGGAACAAUGCGGUAGCCAUGCAGUUCAUUUCACUUUAUGGUUAUGAGGACAUUGUUACAGCAAUGAUUGAAGGCAGUUCAGGCUCAGUUUAGAGAAUAAGCCCCCCCAGCAGACAGGAAGUCAUAAAAGAACUGCUAGGAAGCCCCGCUGACCUAACAUUGCGUCUACCAUGGAAUUUACAAAAGGAGAACAUCAUCUCAGAAGAUGCCGUCAACACUGUUGAGUGUCUGCCAAUGCAAGAGGAGCAGGACAUUGAACCAAUACGCAAAGAACUGAAAGACGCCCGGGACUCCCUCACCACUGGUAAAGCCCCGGGGGAGGACACUAUCCAGUGGAGGCUGCUGAUCAUCAUCAUCAAGUCCUUCCACGAUGCCAUGACUAGCACCAUCGUCUUCGAUGACUCAAUCUCAGAGACUUUCAAGAUCAAGAGUGAAAAUGAAGAAAACUACCUGAACAUAACCCUGUCGCUGAUGAGCGACAAUUCAUUGAGCUCCAGUGGAAAAUGGGAAUGGUGAGACAUCAGGAUUGGAGGCUGUGCCCCUUCUUCAUGUGGGGUUUUGCCAAUGGUCAUAUUCAAUGACAAAGUCAGUCCACCCAGUCUUGGCUUCCUGGCUGGAUAUGGGAUCAUGGGUUUCUAUGUUUCCGUGGUCCUGGUCAUUGGAAAGUUUGUACGAGGCUUCUUCAGUGAUAUCUCUCACUCCAUCAUGUUUGAGGAGCUUCCCUGUGUGGACCGCAUUCUGAAGCUUUGUACGGACAUCUUCCUGGUGCGUGAGACUAGAGAGCUGGAGCUGGAAGAGGAGCUUUAUUCAAAACUCAUCUUCCCUUAUCGAUCACCGGAAACCAUGAUUAAAUGGACCAGGGACAUCCACAGACAAGACAAACAUUGACAGAAUAGCUAGUUGUGUAUGACUGAGAUACAAAGCUUUUGUUUUACUGCAUAGGAAGAAUGCCAUCCAUUACAUCUAAGUUUGAAGAUUAACUGUAAUAAAAACGAGACAAAACUGCAAACCAUACCAUUUUGGAAAUGCAUACAAUAA